CCCUCCGCCCCCUCCCCGCGGGACUCCGGCGUCCCCGCCCCCCAGUGCUCCCUCCCCUCCCCUCCAGCAUGGUGCUCGCGGCCCCGCUGCUGCUGGGCUUCCUGCUCCUCGCCCUGGAGCUGCGGCCCCGGGGGGAGGCGGCCGAGGGCCCCGCGGCGGCGGCGGCGGCGGCGGCGGCGGCGGCGGCGGGGGCCGGGGGGCAGCGCUCGAGCCGGCCGGCCGCGUCCGCGGCGCCCGAGCCCGACGGCUGCCCCGUGUGCGUGUGGCGGCAGCACAGCCGCGAGCUGCGCCUGGAGAGCAUCAAGUCGCAGAUCCUGAGCAAACUGCGGCUCAAGGAGGCGCCCAACAUCAGCCGCGAGGUGGUGAAGCAGCUGCUGCCCAAGGCGCCGCCGCUGCAGCAGAUCCUGGACCUGCACGACUUCCAGGGCGACGCGCUGCAGCCCGAGGACUUCCUGGAGGAGGACGAGUACCACGCCACCACCGAGACCGUCAUUAGCAUGGCUCAGGAGACGGACCCCGCGGUGCAGACCGAUGGCAGCCCCCUUUGCUGCCAUUUCCACUUCAGCCCCAAGGUGAUGUUCACAAAGGUACUAAAGGCGCAGCUGUGGGUGUAUCUCCGGCCGGUGCCCCGCCCAGCCACAGUCUACCUGCAGAUCUUGCGACUGAAGCCCCUCACGGGGGAAGGGACUGCAGGGGGAGGGGGCGGAGGACGGCGGCACAUCCGUAUCCGCUCUCUCAAGAUCGAGCUGCACUCGCGCUCCGGCCACUGGCAGAGCAUCGACUUCAAGCAAGUGCUGCACAGCUGGUUCCGCCAGCCCCAGAGCAACUGGGGCAUCGAGAUCAACGCCUUCGACCCCAGCGGCACCGACCUGGCGGUCACCUCGCUGGGGCCAGGAGCAGAGGGGCUGCACCCUUUCAUGGAGCUCCGAGUCCUGGAGAACACCAAGCGGUCCCGGCGGAACCUGGGCCUGGACUGCGACGAGCACUCGAGCGAGUCUCGCUGCUGCCGGUACCCCCUCACCGUGGACUUCGAGGCCUUUGGCUGGGACUGGAUCAUCGCGCCGAAACGCUACAAGGCCAACUACUGCUCCGGCCAGUGCGAGUACAUGUUCAUGCAGAAGUACCCGCACACCCACCUGGUGCAACAGGCGAACCCCAGGGGCUCCGCGGGGCCCUGCUGCACCCCCACCAAGAUGUCCCCCAUCAACAUGCUCUACUUCAACGACAAGCAGCAGAUCAUCUACGGCAAGAUCCCUGGCAUGGUGGUGGACCGCUGCGGCUGCUCCUAAGGUGGGGGACAGAGGCGGCCGCCCCCACAGACCCUUCCCCGAGACCCCCAGCUCCGACCCCUCCUCCCCACCCCCCGCCACGCAGGCCCUAGAGCCCCCUCUACCUCUUCCCGUGGACAUCACACCUUGUUCCUGCCCAAGCAGUGUGCAAUACAACAGAGGGAGGCAGGUGGGGGCUGGGGGGUGAGGGGCUGGGGGGGGGAGGGAAGGCUGGGGGCGAGGGGGCACGGCCAGGCGGGGCGUAUUUGAGGUUUGCAGGUGGUUUGGCAAGACAGAGAGGCGUAGAGACAGGUAGAGCAGAGAGGGAUAGAGACGGUGAGAAGGCAGAGGGACCGAGGGGCGGAGGAGACUGAGAGGAGGCGGAAGUGAACCGGGAGAGAGAGAGAGAGACACGGAGACGGCGUUCCAGGAGGAGGUCCCACGCCUCCCUGCCACCGGCCCGGGGAGGGUCUGCUGUGGCUGAGCGAGAUCCCUUGGUCCCCAUCCUCAGGAGGAGAGGAAGUCACGAAUCCCUUCCUGGCUUCUUCCCGAUUCCCCUCCGGCAGUGGCCCGGGGAAGGCGAGGGAGGACCAGGGCACAAGUGAGGCCUGGGGGAUUUUAUUUAUUUAUUUAUUGUGAUUUUUCUUUUCUUUUCUUUUUUUUUUUGGUAUUUGGCUUUAUGGAAAUAGAGAGGCCCCGCUCACCGUGCCCCACUCAGUCCUUACUCCCCCAAGCCCGUUCUCCCUCGAUACCCACCUACUUAAGCACUUGUAUAAAGCCUCCCGCGGGGGAUGGGAAAGGGAGGAGACGGCGGCGAGAGGACUGGCACACGGAAGUUUCUCACCCAUAAUCACCCGAUCUUCCUGAGCCAAACGGGUUGAGCUGAAUUCCAGUGGUCCCAGAACACUGAGGGGUCAGGGUGUCGGGGCUGGGGGAGAGGGAGGAGAGAAAGCGAGCCCUCAGCAUCCAGGAUCUGAACGAGAGCCGCUCAGCUACCCCUCGGGCCCACCCGCGGACCGCGGAGAUGCGUGGCCAGAGGGUAGGGUCUGUGCAGGCCCCAAUUCUCCCCAGCCGAGAGAGACCAAAGAGCCUGUGGAAGGCCCUGCUCGAAGCCUCUAUCUUCAGGUCAAUGAAAGGGAAAGUGGACAGACCCCAGGGCUCCCGGGUCUGGGGAGGGGCGGGAGGGGUCGGGAGGAGGAGGCUGAAGGUGAUCGGGCAUCUGAAUCCAAAUCAUUGCUCUGGGCGAGGGGCAGACCGAGGUGGAAGGAAUUCUGGAGAGGAGACUUGAGCUCCGCAGCCCCAAAGCUCAGGGUGGGAGGGGGGAGAACAAGGGAAUAGAGUGUCUAUAAUUAUUUUUAUCUUUAUUUUUGGAAUCUAGCAGUAACUGGCAGCAGGGAGGGGAUAAUACAGCGGGGAGGGAGGGGGGAAGGCAGCUGACAAGGCCAGUCGGAACAGAGGACGGGCAGGACGGGCCCCUUGGUUUGGAAGGCGAGGGAACACGAAGGGGCUGGCUGUCCGUCCAAGUCACUAGCGGGGCCCGUGCGUUCCUCCCCCCCACCCUGCCCCACCUUCCUCUGGACUCACUGUGCCUCAACGGAAUGAGAAAUCGCAGCACCCGCCACAGCCAAGAGAUGAAUUCUGAGCACUUACCACGGGCACUUUAUGGACAAAAAAAAAAAAAAAUACCUCUCGCUGUGGAACAGAUAACCAGGGCACCAGAGCAGUGGUGAAGAGAUGAGGCUUAGAGGAGGCGCGGGCUUCAGGGAACGAGUCUUCCCUUCUGCCUCCCAGCUGGACAGUGCCUACGCCAAGGAGUCAACCUCCUGUCCAUGCCUACUCAUACCUCGCCAUCAGACCCGCCUGGCCGCAGGCAAGGGCCUGCAGGAGGACAGGAGAGGAGGGGAAAAGAACCUUCGGCAAGACGAUCUCUCUAAGCAGAGCCAGCGACGAUGAGUCUGAUUGAUGCACAGCCCGAGCUGGAGAGAUGAUGGAUGGAGGAGGUUUCUCUUCCCCAGGGCGUGACUCCCACCCGGUCCAGCCGGGGAAGGGGCGGCGGCAUGUGACUGCCCUCGGGAAGGUGUCGUGGAGAGCUCGGCAACUUCUCCCUGCUCCCGACUGAACAGGAAUGGGCGUGUGCUUGCCAAGCGGCCUUCCACGGAGCGGCUGUGCCAACCCGCUGCCUCUUCUCUGGCCCUGUUCUUCGUCCUGCCUUCUACUCCCGAUCUUCAGAGCGAGUUCCGUCUGACCGUCCGCCUUUCCUUGGUGGACGGAGCGGAGCGGAGAACGGAAGACGCCUCCUCCGAGGCCCCCAUGUCCACGUACUUCACCUUGGCACGCAGCGGGGGCCAGGCCUUAGGUAUCAGGUGACUUCCCUCUGCAAGUUCUAGAGAGCUGGGGCAUUAGAGUUGGGGGACACUUAGAAUAUGUCCCUUAAUACCACCAAAUAAAAACCUUUGUCGGGGAGGGGGGGUGUCUUUCUCUUCUGAACAUAAAUCUAGGCGUUCAAGUCUCAUUCCCCUGGUCCUCCCCACUCCUAAAAGAGGCAUGGGGUGAACAGAGGCUUGGGGGCACAGCCCGGAGACCUAUAGUGGAAGGUAGCACCCCCUCCGCCCACCUUAUGACGUGUGUGGAUCUGGCCAGUGCCCCUCUGAUCAUGACUAGUGUAAUUAUUAUUUGUGUUAUUUGUUACACCACGUGUGUGAUCGCCUGUUUGUUAAGGAUGUCUGAGGACGGGGCUCGCAGGGGCACUGGCGUGCCAGGAAAGGACUUCUUCACUGAGACCGAGGCUUCCUGGAGGAACCAUUGCAAAAGGCCAUCGAGGCAGUUUUCAAGUUGUGUGACAGAGGGCAAAGAUGGCCAGAGGGUGCUCUGAGUUUUGGGAUGGUCACAUGACACAAUCCAGCACUUGAAAAAAAAAAAAGAAAAAUAAAAGCAGUCAAAGAGUGACUGAUGAGUCAUGA